AUGUUCUCGUCUUCAUCCAGAAACUCUCUGUUCUCGCCCUGGACGUCCAUGGAGCAGUCGGACGCUGAAGUGCUGGACAUCAGCACCAAGGUGCAGCUGCACGGCGUGCUGUGGAAGAGGCCCUUCGGACGGCCGUCGGCCAAGUGGUCCCGCAGAUUCUUCAUCAUCAAAGACAGCUUCUUGCUCUACUACGCCGAGAGCGAGAAGAGAAACUUUGAGACCAACAGGUUCUUCAACAUCCACCCCAAGGGAGUCAUUCCUUUGGGAGGAUGUGUGGUGUCGGCUAAUGAAGACAUGGGGAUGCCCUUUGCCGUCGUGAUCAACCUGGAAGAUUUCACAGGGACUGUGGUCCUGGCUGCUGAGUCUGAGGAGGAGCAGGUGCAGUGGAUGGAGAUGCUCCAGGAGUCAGGGAAAGUCACGUGGAAGAACGCCCAGCUGGGGGAGGCCAUGAUCGAGAGUCUGGAGGCCCAGGGGCUGCAGCUGGCCAAGGAGAAGCAGGAGUACCUGGAUAAACUGAUGGAGGAGACGGAGGAGCUCAGUCAUCAAAGAGCAGAGAGAGAGGAGCUGGAGCGUUUGAACCAGAUCCUGGAGGAGGAGAAGAUGAAGUUUGAGGAGGUGGUGCUGGAGCUGAAGGCAGAACAGGAGCAAAUUAAACUAGACCUGGACGGCACGGCUCAGUCCCUGAAAGGUGUCGAGAGUGAAAAAGAAGAACUGAGCAACUUAACAGUGAUGCUGCAGAAAUCCAUCGAGGAGCUGUCGCAGGAGAAGCAGCGAACCCUGGAGCUGCUGGGGGUGAAGGAGCAGGAGGAGGCGGCGGUGGAGGAGAGCGACAGGAAGUCUGCGGACGGAGAGGAGCUGGUAGACGGGGAGCUGCUGCAGGACCUGCGACACAUCGAGGACCAAAUGAAGAUCCUGCUGAACGAGAAGGAGCAGGCUGACGACAAGCUCAGGGAGAAGGAGCAGCGAGCUAAAGUCCUGCAGCAGGAGAGGGAGUACUACUCGUCUCAGGCCCGGACGCUGCAGCAGUCGCUCUCUCAGCUCACGGUGGACAAGCAGCAGACUGAAGCCGAGCUCAAGGCGGAGAUCGAGUCUCGGGUGGAGCUGGAGAAGAGGCUGAAGCAGGCUGAGGAGGCUCUGCAGGACCUGGAGAAAGGCCUGAACUCAAUGGAACGAACCAAAGAGAGAGACGAGAAGAUGAAGGGGGAUGUGACUCACCUGAGGAAGUUCUUUGAGGAGUGUAUCUGUGCAGCAGAGAUCGAGGCGAAGCUUCCGGCGAUAAUGAAGAACGCUGUGUAUCUCCACAAAGCUGCUGCUCGCAGAAUCAAAAGCUGCCGAAUCCAGAGGAGAGCCUCCAGACGCCACUGGUUGAAACACUCGAAGUCCUUCGCUGUAGCGAACACCGACGGCGGCAGCAUGGAGGAUCUGAGGGAGACGGCCCGACGACUGACCUCCGACAGCAGCUUCAGAGAGAGUGUGUACAAGAUCAUCACUCGCAAGGACGGCACAAACAAAAUGGAGGACUGAGAGAGAGAGAG